CAGCUAACUAACUACAUUUGGCUUCCAUCUAGUGGCGACAACACGGAGUAGUCAAUUGUUGCAUUGGAGUGCGUCUUCGCCGCUGGCCGUUUUACCGUGUAGUAAAAAAAUAAAAUACAAAUAAAAAAUGCUGUCUGCUGUGAUGUCAAAUGUAAAGCUUGCGUCACCCCGAGACAAAAUACGCCCCAGUUGAGCGACAGCGUCAAAUGUUAGCCGGUCAGUUGACAGACUGACGCCGUGGAACAAGCAGUCAAGAUGGACACCGCAGAGGAAGCAGAUAUUUGUCGAGUGUGUCGGUCAGAGGGAACCCACGACAAACCACUCUAUCAUCCCUGUGUCUGCACUGGCAGCAUCAAGUUUAUCCAUCAGGAAUGCUUGCUGCAGUGGCUUAAACACAGCAGGAAAGAAUACUGUGAAUUAUGCAAACACAGGUUUGCAUUUACACCAAUAUACUCUCCGGACAUGCCUUCUCAUCUGCCUGUCCAAGACAUAUUUGCAGGCCUGGUCACCAGUGUUGGAACAGCCAUCAGAUACUGGUUUCACUACACACUGGUGGCCUUCGCCUGGCUUGGUGUGGUGCCUCUCACAGCAUGUCGUAUCUACAAAUGUUUAUUUACUGGCUCUGUGAGCUCUCUUCUUACCCUUCCACUAGAUAUGCUCUCAACACAAAACCUGCUUGCAGAUUGCCUGCAGGGCUGUUUUGUGGUCACUUGCACACUAUGCGCCUUUAUUAGCCUGGUGUGGCUUCGAGAGCAGAUCGUCCAUGGUGGUGCCCCUCAGUGGUUGGACCAGAAUCCACCACCUUUGGUUCCCAACCACCCAAAUGACCAAGUACCAGCCAAUGAGCAUCCUGACGGUAUUGCUGCUGCUGUCAACAUUCAGGCGGGCAUGAACGUUGCCGCGGACCAGAACCCUGCUGGUCCACAUGAGCCAGUACCUGCUAACCCACAUGAGGAUGUGGCUGCACUUGAUGAUGAUGAUGAUGAUGAUGAUGAUGAUGAUGAUGAAGAAGAUGAAGAUGUGGAGGAAGAUGAGGAUGACGAGGAAGUCAGAUUGGGGGAUGCUGCCAACGCUAUUAAUGGAGUUCAAGCAGACCUAAACUGGAAUGCUCUGGAGUGGGACCGUGCUGCAGAGGAGCUGACAUGGGAAAGGAUGCUUGGCCUGGAUGGCUCCCUUGUAUUCUUGGAACAUGUCUUCUGGGUCGUGUCAAUCAACACACUCUUCAUCCUGGUCUUUGCUUUUUGCCCUUAUCACAUUGGCCAUUUAUCAAUGGUAGGACUUGGUUUCGAGGAACAGAUUGAAGCUUCACACUUUGAAGGUCUCAUCACCACCGUAGUGGGUUACAUCCUCCUGGCCGUAGCUCUCAUCAUCUGCCAUGCGUUGGCUUCGUUAGUGAAAUUCCAGCGCUCCAAACGUCUUCUGGGUGUCUGCUACAUUGUUGUCAAGGUGUCUUUGCUGGUUGUCAUGGAGAUAGGCGUAUUCCCGUUGAUUUGUGGCUGGUGGCUGGACCUUUGUUCGCUGGAGAUGUUUGACGCAACCUUCAAAGAUAGGGUGCAGAGUUUCGACUCAUCCCCGGGUACCACCAUGUUCCUCCACUGGCUGGUUGGCAUGGUCUACGUCUUCUACUUUGCCUCUUUCAUCCUGUUGCUCAGGGAAGUUCUGCGACCUGGUGUGCUGUGGUUCUUGAGGAACCUGAACGAUCCAGACUUUAACCCAGUUCAAGAAAUGAUCCACCUUCCUAUUUACAGGCACCUCAGAAGGUUUUUACUGUCUGUGGUGGUGUUUGGUUCCAUUGUUCUCCUGAUGCUUUGGCUUCCUAUUAGGAUCAUUAAACAUUUCUUUCCCACCUUCCUACCCUACAAUGUCAUGCUUUACAGUGAUGCUCCUGUCAGUGAGCUGUCAUUGGAGCUGCUUUUGCUUCAGGUUGUCCUUCCGGCAUUGUUGGAGCAGGGUCACACUCGUCAGUGGCUCAAAGGACUCGUCCACGCCUGGACUUUUACUGUUAGCUACGUGCUGGACCUGCACUCCUAUUUGCUGGGAGAUCUGGAAGACAAUGACAAUCAACCUAACAUCCCUCCUGGUCACCAUGACAACAACCAGAUCCCUGACCUCGGUGAGGGGCUUCAUGCAGCCCAUCAGGCCAUCUUGCAGCAGGGUGGCCCAGUGGGCUUCCGGCCAUACCAUCAGCCCCUCAACUUCCCCGUUAAGAUAAUUCUGCUGGUUAUUUUAAUGUGUGUCACGCUGCUGCUGGCUAGUCUGUUCUGCCUCACAGUACCUGUGUGCGUGGGUCGCUGGCUAAUGUCGUUCUGGAUGGGGAGCGCCAUGGUUCACGAGCUGUACACAGCAGCCAGUGGCCUCUAUGUUUGCUGGCUGUCCAUUCGAGCUGCCACCGUGUUGCUAUCCUGGAUGCCGCAGGGAUGGACCGCUAUCAUGCUUAAAGCCCAUGAGUGGACCCUCAUGAUUGUGAAGACUGUGGUAGUUGCAACGCUCUUAGCCGGAGUGAUUCCUCUGCUUUUGGGUCUCCUGUUUGAGCAGGUCAUUGUGGCUCCUCUCAGAGUCCCACUAGACCAGACCCCGCUCUUCUACCCCUGUCAGGACUGGGCCCUGGGUGUCCUCCAUUCUAAAAUCAUUGCUGCUGUCACACUGAUGGGCCCUCAGUGGUGGCUCAAGACUGUAAUUGAGCAGGUGUAUGCUAACGGUAUCAGAAACAUUGACCUUCACUUCAUUGUGAGGAAACUAGCUGCCCCAGUUGUCUGCAUCCUGCUGCUGGCUCUAUGUGUCCCCUACACAAUCUCAAAAGGCAUAACACCUCUGCUGGAUGUGCAGUCGGAGAUGCAGACGCUUGCAGAGAGGAGGAUCUAUCCAUUCCUACUCAUGGUGGUUUCAUUGUUGGCAAUUCUGUCCUUCCAAAUACGCCAGUUCAAACAUCUGUACGAGCACAUCAAGAAUGACAAGUACCUGGUUGGACAGCGACUGGUCAACUAUGAACGCAAGGCAGGAACGAAUUUAUCCACCACUUACAGCACCUCUUCAUAGACCUGACUCUUGUGUUGGAUCAGUAGCUCACUCUCCGGUACCGAGAGCUAACAGUAACACCAGCUACUGUGGUAAAACUCCCUCUGCUCGACUGCCUGAUGCAACCUUUAAAAACGCUUGUGUCAAAGUAAGGUGAGGUUUAGGUCUGUGUUGUUGGUACCCAGGCUGCAAAAACUUGUCAGAAUCAAUGAUGAGUGCCAAACCUAAUAGUCCAUUGUUCGUAGUCGAGUAGUUUAUUUUUUAAAAAAAAAUUAUUUACUGCAUGUACUGAGAGUCAACAAUCUUUCCGUUGAUAGAUGGCCUCUCCCAAUCUCCUUACAGUUGUGAUUUGUACUUUGUUACCCUCAAAUUGUGCUUUCUUUUUUCUCUUAACUAGUCCAACUCUAUGCCUCUGACAUUGCAACUAUGCUGAGCAGAGAGAGAGGGACAGAUUUUUCUGUUCAUCCUUCCUAGUAGUCAGCUUGUGAUUUAUCCAGAUGGAACUAUAUUGUGGAACUAAUGAUUUUACAUUUGUUUUUUUAUCAUUUUUACCCCAGUUGAAGAUUGAAUUACAAUGACAAAAGGAAAAUAUGGACAGACUGGAACAUGUUUUAAAGGGCAGCACACAGAAUGUUAACAUUAUAUUGACAAGUACAACUUGACACUGGUUAUUUUUAUUCUUCACUAGUUAUUUUUAGUCUUUAAAAAAUAUGCUGCUAUGAAGUGUAUUCAGUACUGACUGCAUAUAUGCUUGUAACAUGGAUUUUGUUUUUCAGUUGAAAAUGUGCAAAAACACUGAAUAGUACAGAAAAUUAAAAUAUUUUUUGUUACACCUUGGCCUGGGGAGCCCCCAUUAUGGUAGUGGGUUAGGAUUAUUAAGCAACUUUCAGCGUUUUUCUUUUUCCUUUUUUAUGUUCUUUUUUUUCUUUUUCUUUUUUAAAAAUAAAUAUAUAUAAUGUCCUGCCAUUUGUCUUAGCACAUGCACUUAAACCAUUGUCAGGGUGUUCCUACAAUGGCAACAAUGACUCUACUCUUGUGUCCUAGUUACAUUCAAAACACUAAUAAAGCGUUGACUUAGAUAUUUUCUCCGCAGCUCCACACAGUUGUACUUUGUGAAACAUGAUUGUACAACCCUAAUUCCAAUGAAGUUGGGACUUUGUGUUAAACAUAAUUAAAAACAGAAUACAAUGAUUUGCAAAUCAUGUCCAACCUAUGUUUAAUUGAAUACACUACAAAGACAAGAUGUUUAAUGUUCAAACUGAUAAACUUUAUUGUUUUUAGCAAAUAAUCAUUAACUUAGAAUUUUAUGGUUCCAAAAAAGCUGGGACAGGGUCAUGUUUACCAUUCAAUAAAGGUUUGGGAACUGAGGACACUAAUUGUUGAAGCUUUGAAGGAGAAAUUAUUUGCCAUUCUUGCUUGAUGUACAGCUUCAGCUGUUCAACAGUCUGGGGUCUCCCGUUGUCGUAUUUUACUCUUCAUAACGCAUCACACAUUUUCAAUGGGAGAAACGUCUGGACUGCAUGCAGGCAAGUCUAGUAUCCGCACUCUUUUACUACGAAGCCACACUGUUGUACCACGUGCAGAAUGUGGUUUGGCAUUGUCUUGCUGAAAUAAGCAGGGGCGUCCAUGAAAAACACGUUGCUUGGAUGGCAGCAUAUGUUUCUCCAAAACCUGAUGUGUAAGUUACCCAUGCCAUUGGCACUAACACAGCCCCAUACCAUCAAAGAAGCUUGCUUUUGAACUUUGUGUCCAUAACAGUCCAGAUGGUUCUUUUCCUCUUUGGCCCGGAGGACACGACGUCCACAAUUUCCAAAACACAAUUUGAAAUGUGGACUUGUCGGACCACAGAACACUUUUCCAUUUUGCAUCAGUCCAUCUUAGAUGAGGUCGGGCCCAGAGAAGCCGGCGGCGUUUCUGGGUGUUGUUGAUAAAUGGCUUUUGCUUUGCAUAGUAGAGUUUCAAGUUGCACUUACGGAUGGAGUGCCGAACUGUAUUCACUGACAUUGGUUUUCUGAAGUGUUCCUGAGCCCAUGUGGUGAUAUCCUUUACACAUUGAUGUCGGUUUUUGAUGCAGUGCUGCCUAAGGGAUCGGUCACAUUCAAUGUUGGUUUACGGCCUUGCCGCUUACGUGCAGUGAUUUUUCCAGAUUCUUGGAACCUUUUGAUGAUAUUCAAAAAUUCUAAGUUAAUGAUUAUUUGCUAAAAAUCAUAAGAGUUUAUCAGUUUGAACAUUAAAUAUCUUGUUUUUGUAGUGUAUUAAAUUAAAUAUAGAUUGAACAUGAUUUGCAAAUAAUUGUAUUCUAUUUUCUAUUUAUGUUUAACACAACGUCACAACUUCAUUGGAAUUGGGGUUGUAAUACGGCAAUGUUGAAUAAGCUUAAUGUUCAUUUAAGACUAACUUCAGUGCUAAUUGAAGUUAGGAUGUUUUGUUUAUCAGUUGCUAUUGUAUUUUAACUAAAAUGUGUUUUUGUUAAGAGCAUCAGUCAGUCUUUUACGAUGAUUGUAACUUGGUAACAUUAAGUUUUGUAAUGUUUUUCAUCAUGGCAUUUCUUUUUCAUGUGUAGCUUCUGAAAUACCGCCCAAGUGCCCUUUUAGAAUAGCCUUGACCCGAGCUACACUUCAACUGUUGGGCUGACAUUUUGAUUUCCCUAGGUACCGGUAAAUUUAUUUAUUUUUGUAUGAGAAAACAGGGCAGUAUAUGUGGUAAUGGAAAAAGGACGAUGAAAGGAAACUAAAUAAAUCCUAUUGUGCUGAUUACA